AUGGCGGAUGCGAAGAGAAACAGACUAGGCAGUCUGCCGUGUAUAACUGACAUAUGGCGGAGCUCUGUUCAGGGAAAGGUUUUUGUCCUCCUUUGCGUCCUCCUGGUCAAACCCGUACAUGCCACCACUCACUGGGUCGUGACAGAGGAUGGAAAAAUUCAACAACAGGUGGAUUCUCCUCUUAAUUUGAAACACCCACACGACCUGGUCCUCUUCAUGCAACAAGAGACCCGUGUGAACAACCUCAGAAAGCUGGAGAAGCAACUGGUCGCUCAGAAAAUUCACAUUGAGGAGAAUGAAGAUCGUGAUACUGGAUUAGAACAACGUCACUACAAGGAGGACGCAGACUGUGUCACAGCUAAAGUUCCUCUGGGUGACCUUGACCUCUAUGAUGGAACUUUCAUCUCUCUGGAGAGCAAAGGGUUAAAUCCCGAAGACUAUGUGGAUUCUACAUCUCCUCUACCUCCAGACUUGGAAAAACCAGACUGUGCAAAAAUUCUGGAUCUCCCUUAUAGUAUUCAUGCCUUUCAGCACCUCAGGGGUGUACAAGAGAGGGCAAAUCUCACUUCCCCGCUGCUCUCUAAGGACGACCCCGUCUGUGCGUCUCUGUCUCACAAGCUGGGACGUAACAUAGAUGAGGUGGGCCAUAGAAUACACCAGGCCCUGCUGAGGAACUCCUCGUCUUGGGUGCUGUAUAAUCUGGCUUCAUUUUACUGGCGGGUGAAGAAUGAACCCAGGAGGGCUGUGGACUGUGUGGUCCGUGCCCUGCACUUCUCCCCAAGGCAGCAUAAGGAUGUAGCGCUGGUUAAUAUGGCCAAUAUUUUGCAUAGAGCUCACUUCUCUGCAGAUGCAGCCAUCUUGGCUCAUGCUGCAUUAGAUAUGACUACUGACCUGCUAACCAGCCACUACACACUGGGAAACAUUUACGCUAUGUUGGGCGAGUAUAACCACUCAGUGUUGUGUUACGAGCAGGCGUUACAAGUACAGCCUGUGUUUGAGCAGGCUCUGAGGCGUAAACACGCUGUACUCUGUCAGCAGAAACUGGAACAGAGACUGGAGGCUCAGCACCGCUCCCUCCAGCGUACUCUGAAUGAGCUGAAGGAGUAUCAGAAGCAGCAUGAUCAUUACCUCCGUCAGCAGGAGGAGCUUGAGAAACACAAACUAAUACAGGAGGAGCAGAUACUGCGCAACAUCAUUCACGAAACGCAGAUGGCAAAGGAGGCGCAACGGGGGAAUCACCAAAUGUGUAAUUUAGGCCAGCAACAGUGUAGCCUUUUCUGUCCUUUCGAUCUUCCUGUACGUUACCACCGGGGGGAGCUAUUUGAGAAUGUUCACUACAUUCAGUUUGGGGAGGAGGUCUCUGUGGCCAGUAGUGUGGCCCUGGUCUCUGAACUCAGUGUGAAUGAGAGCAGAAGCCCUCAGCUCUAUCCGUCUGUGUCCGGUGGAGAGGUGCCAGGAGAACACUGGGGCAAGGAGAUGUCCUCUGCUGCUGACAUUCAGGCAGUGCUCUGGCCGCGCAGGUCAGACUGUACCCAGCGCUUUCCCACUGUCCCUCCAGCUCACCAGCUGCCCACGUUCUACCUCUCCCCUGAAGUGCACGGUUUUGGGGCUCAGAGCUUACUGUAUGAGAACAGAAGCCCCCCCGUGUCUCCAGAACCUCCCAGGUGUGACUCUGAAGUCCAGCCUCCUCCUGGGGAGCCCCUGGCCUCAGUCGCUUGGGCGUUAGAUGCCAAAGGGUUGCCAGACAGCAAUGCCAAACAGAUCCUGCAGUCUCGCAGUGGUGGGUGGAGUUUGGAUCAAACUGGGGCGAUGAUUGCUCAUGCUAUGGAAAAAAAGAGUGCUCCCCUUUGGUUAGUGCAGAACGAGGCAGGUCUGUACUGGCGUGCUAAGGGUAACGGAACUCAAGCUUUAUGGUGUUUGCGCAGAGCUAUCCGCUCUGCCCCUCCUCAGUACCGGGAUAUUCCUCUGGUCAACACUGCCAACCUGCUGCUACAUUAUGGCCUAAGCAACGAGGCCCAGCAGCUGCUGAAAGAGGCACUGGAUCUUAAUGAGUCUGAGCCUCACAUUCUGCUGAGCAUGGUCAGCGUGCACCUUUCCCAAGGCAACGUGACAGGCGCGUUGGCGCUGUUCCGUCAUGCCCUGUCUCUCAGUGCCAGCUGUGACCAGUGUUAUACCAGCCUGCCUCUGUUACGCUGUCUGCAGUUUUACCCUCUUCUGUACAACCUCCAUCGCCCACCCUGCCAGCCUGGCUCUGGGUGUGCUGGAGAGGAGGAAGAGGAAGACAUGGAGGACUGGGAGACGGGGAGUUUUGCGAAGCAGGAGACAGGAAAGACUCAUACUGUACCCGUCCCUCCUAUAGAAGACUCUCUCCUGUUUGAAAAGGUGGUGGUUGACAGUAAUGGCUCAGGGGAGGCGGGGCAGCAGGAGAGAGGUGUGGAAGGCAAAAGAAGCGAGGAGGGUGAGGAGGAGGAGGACUGGAGGCUGAGGGAGGAGCUGAUGGGAGCGUUUGAAGGAGCUCUGGAUGUGAGCGGGAAAAGAGGGGACCUGCGGGGCAUUCGUGUGCUGAAAAAUGACAGAGUGAUGGGGGCCAGGAGCGGAGGACCCUGUUUCGGCAACUGCGAGGAUGAUGAGGGAGCGGAAUGGAUCACAUUUCAAGUGAAGAGAGUCAGGAAACCUAAAUCCCAGUCGUCAGAGUCUUGGACAGCUGAGGAAGACUACCCCCAGGCUGAAUCCUCGCAUGGGCACUCUAUCCUGGAGAUUAGUGGACCUACCAUCCCUUCCCCUGGACCCUCAGGACGAUGGAGAGAUUACAGUAGUCUAGGAUGGCCAGGCCCUGAGGAGUGUCAGCGUAACCGCCGGAUUGACCUCACCACCGUGGCCAGCACCUGGCUGGCGGUGUCUGCCAAGAACAUUGAUAUCACAGAGCAUAUAGAUUUUACCACUCCUCUUCAAGAACCUGCUAUGGAGCCAGUGUGUAACGCCAAUCUGCCUGCCAGUAUGCACACACUCGACCACCUGAGUGGGGUGUCCAAUCGUGGAGCAAUCCACUACACUGGAGAGAGUCAGCUCAGAGAGGUGCUACAGAAUCUGGGUAAAGAUAAAUCCUUUCCUCAGUCUUUUGAGCAGGUGGGAACGCGUAUCGCCAAAGUGCUGGAAAAGAACCAGACCUCAUGGGUUUUGUCCAGUAUGGCAGCACUGUACUGGAGGGUAAAAGGCCAGGGAAAGAAGGCCAUUGACUGCCUGCGUCAGGCACUCAACUAUGCUCCACAUCACAUGAAGGAUGUCCCCCUCAUUAGUCUGGCCAACAUCUUUCAGAACGCCCGUCUGUGGGAUGACGCUUUGACCGUGGCUCGCAUGGCCGUGGAAAUCGCCCCGCACUUUGUGGUCAACCACUUCACUCUCGCUAAUGUGUAUAUCGCCAUGGAGGAGUUUGAGAAAGCGAUGCACUGGUAUGAAUCUACUCUGAAGCUUCAGCCUGAGUUUGCCCCUGCUAAAGAUCGUCUACGCACUAUCCAGUGUUACCUUCUCACCAAGAGAGAGAGACGUUCUCCAUAGAAAACGGAGGGCAUCACCCAACUCAAGCACGCACGCAUGCACGCACGCACACACACACACACACACACACACAUGCACACACACAAACAAACAUACUCACAUGAUUUCAUGCCAUGAUACCAGUGAGGAACAAAGAUUUUUCAUAUUAAUUUAUAAAUUUGAGAUCAUAUCUUCCAUGAAAACUGGGGUCCGGGUUACGGUUACCGUCAGUCUGUAUCUUGUUUUCCACUGAAAUGCUUAUAUGUCUGGAAAAGGGUCGUAUAUGUGUCAUUGAUUUUUAUGGCUUAAGAAUGUUUUUUUUUUCCACGGUGGUGUUUGUAUAAUUGUGUGAGUGGCCAUUGAUUAUAAAUGAUGAUGAAUAGAGCCGUCACAGCAGAAAUCCACACCAGCAAAAACAACCUCAUUUCUUCAUUCAACAUGCAGCUUAUAACUCAAAAACACCUGUAUAUUUAAAUCAGUAGCCU